AUGUAUGAGAUUGCCUCGAUGAUUUGGAGAAGUGAAGGAGAAGAGAAAGAAGCUGCCAAGGAAGAAUUCUUGGAAGGUGUGAAGUUAUUGGAAGAACAACUAGGGGACAAGCCUUAUUUUGGUGGAGACAACCUUGGCCUUGUGGAUGUUGCACUUAUUACUUUGAUAUGUUAUUAUCAUAACUAUAAUAUAUGUGACAAUUUCAUCAACGAGGCACGGUGCCCUAAAAUCAUUGCUUGGUCCAAGAGGUGCACUCUAAAAGAGACUGUGUCCAAGUUUUUUCCCGAGGAAAAGAGGGCCAAAGAGUUUGUUUCUCAAAAAGAGAAAGGAUUUGAACUAUGCGUAGAUUAG